UUCUAAAAAAAAAAAAAGGACCCUUGCACAAAGGCUGUAGUUCUCAAAAAAAAAAGGAACCUUGUACAAAGGCUGUAGUUCUCAAAAGAGGAACAUUGCUCCAAGGCUGUGGUUCUAAAGGAGUUAACUAACCCUGCUGCUGUGAUUCCAGUGCUUUUGGGAGAUAGUGCCCCUUCUUGUCUCCAAGCUGGUGUUCUGAUGGAGAAGAAGAGGAAAUAAGUCACCUCAGCUGCUGCUCCAAGAAACUUUAGCUCAGUCUCUGCUUCUGUUGACAUUUCACUGCUGGCUGAUUCAUCCCAGAGUACUUUAUAUUUUUAUUAUUUUUUUUUAUUUUUCUUCUUCCAUUCCUCUAGAAGGGAGAACAAUGAUGCUGAUCUUGCUGAUCAUGUUGGCUGCUGCUAUUUCUGGUAGUAAGGCUGCAGAUCCACCUGCUUCUUCUUCUCCCAAGCAUCACCCAUCUUCAGAACCUCAGAGGAGGAGUGGGAUUGUGCAGAACAUUGACCAGAUCUAUGCUGGAGGAGGCAAAGUGGGCUACAUCCUCUAUGCAGAUGGCAAGAAGUUUAUUUUGGACCUGGAAAGGGACGACAUGCUGCUUUCUCCCCACUUCAGCACCAAGUACCUGGGACGUCUGCAUCCUCAGCAUCGUUUGCAUAGGCAUUGCUUCUACAGGGGGACUGUAGACUCCAGCCCACAAUCCUUGGCAGUGUUUAACCUCUGUGGGGGUCUGGAUGGCUAUUUUGCAGUCAAGCAUGCCCAUUAUACCAUUAAACCUCUGAUAAAGGGCACGGCAGGGCUGGGGCAGCUGUACAGUGAUGGCUCUGAGAGGGUCCUGCAUGUUUUUAUCAAGGAUCGCUUCAGUUUUGAGACUGUGCCCAUCAGAGCCAGCUGUGAGACCAGAGGUUUUGGGAAUCAUCUCCAUAAGCAUGGGAAUGGCUCCAGGAGGCAUCACAGGGAAGACCACCAUAAGUUGGGUAGCCCACCCAAAGCCAACCGAAGCCUUUCCUCUCCUUCUUCAGACCCCAACCUCAAGGAAACCCUUUUAUUGCAGCAGGGAACCGCACUGAAGAGACGCCAGAGGAGAUCUAUAUCCAAAUCCAGACAUGUGGAGCUCCUCCUGGUAGCAGAUGAAUCCAUGUCCAAGAAGUAUGGGAAGGACCUCCAUCACUAUUUGUUGACCUUGGCUUCCAUUGCUUCCAGGCUUUACAGUCAUCCCAGUAUUGAAAACCACAUCCGCUUGGCAGUAGUCAAGGUGGUGAUGGUCACUGACAAGGAGAAGGGGCCAGAGGUGAGCAAGAAUGCGGCCACAACUCUCAAGAACUUCUGCAAAUGGCAGCACCAACACAACCAGCUGGAUGAUGAGCACGACCAGCACUAUGAUGCUGCUAUCCUCUUCACCAGGGAGGAUUUAUGUGGGCAUCAUUCAUGUGAUACCCUGGGAAUGGCAGACGUGGGGACCAUAUGCUCUCCUGAGCGCAGCUGUGCAGUAAUUGAAGAUGACGGCCUCCAUGCAGCUUUCACCGUCGCUCAUGAAAUUGGACAUCUCCUUGGGCUAUCCCACGAUGACUCAAAAUUCUGUGAAGAGAACUUUGGCUCCCUGGAAGAUAAACGUCUUAUGUCAUCUGUUCUAACAAGCAUCGAUGCCUCCAAACCAUGGUCAAAGUGCACCUCAGCGACAAUCACUGAUUUCUUGGAUGACGGCCAUGGAAACUGUUUGCUGGACCAACCAAGAAAUCAGAUUCUGGGUCCUGAAGAGCUUCCUGGUCAGAGUUAUGAUGCUGUCCGACAAUGCAAGCUGGCCUUUGGACCAACAUAUACAGUGUGCCCUGGUAUGGAUGUCUGCUCACGGCUAUGGUGUGCGGUCGUUCGACAAGGUCAGAUGGUUUGCUUAACAAAGAAGCUGCCUGCGGUGGAGGGAACACCUUGCGGAAAAGGAAGGAUCUGUCUCCAUGGCAAAUGUGUAGACAAAACCAAGAAGAAGUAUUAUUCGAUCUCCAGUCAUGGAAACUGGGGCUCAUGGGGGCCAUGGGGACAAUGUUCACGAUCGUGUGGAGGAGGAGUCCAAUUUGCUUAUCGUCACUGUAAUGACCCUGCUCCGAGAAACAGCGGUAGAUACUGUACAGGGAAGCGUGCCAUCAACCGAUCCUGUAACGUUAACUCAUGUCCAUCUAAUGCUAAAUCAUUCCGACAGCAGCAGUGUGAAGCGAGGAACGGUUACCAAACUGAUGCAAAGGGUGUGAAGACAUUUGUUGAGUGGGUUCCGAAAUAUGCAGGGAUUCAGCCAGGAGACGUCUGCAAACUGAUAUGCCAGGCUAAAGGAACUGGAUAUUAUGUUGUCUUUUCACAAAAGGUGACCGAUGGCACUGAAUGUAGACCAUACAGUAAUUCUGUUUGUGUAAAAGGGAAAUGCGUCCGUACAGGGUGUGAUGGAAUUAUAGGAUCGAAGCUUCAGUUUGAUAAAUGUGGAAUUUGCGGAGGAGACAACUCCAGUUGCACUAAGGUCAUGGGAACCUUCACUACUAAGAGCAAAGGCUACACGGAUAUUGUCAAGAUUCCAGAAGGAGCAACCCAUAUAAAAGUGAGACAAUACAAGGCCAAAGACCAGACUAAGUUUACUGCCUACUUAGCAUUAAAGAAAAAGACAGGGGAUUACAUCAUUAAUGGAAAAUAUAUGAUAUCAACAUCUGAAAACAUCUUUGAAAUGAACAGCUUUGCCAUGAACUACAGUGGCUGGAGCCAUGCUGAAGAUUCCUUUCACAGUAUGGGCCAUUCCUUUACGAAGGAAGUUCUAAUUGUACAGAUUCUCGCAACAGACAUUAGUAAACCAAUCGAUGUACGUUAUAGUUUUUUUGUACCAUCGAAACAAGGUACAGCCACAAACAGCAUUAACAAUAACGUAGUUCCCCAAAGUUCCCAACCUCAGUGGGUGACUGGUCCUUGGUUAUCUUGCUCUAGAACAUGUGACACUGGAUGGCACACCAGGACUGUCCAAUGCCAAGAUGGACAAGGAAAACUAGCUAAAGGAUGUCUGCUUUCUCAAAGACCAUCAGCAUUUAAGCAAUGCUUACUGAAAAAAUGUUAGCCAAAGGAUAGACAGUGUCUCAAGUGACACGUUUUUUUUUCUGCCGUAAAAAAGUAGAUCUAGCACGUCAAUGUUGGCUAAGGUUUGGUUUGAGCUCAACCAAAAUAACUUAAGGGCUGUACAAUAUUUGGGCCACCAUGAAGACAUUGGCUCUGCAACCAACCUUGAAGGUGGAAAGGAACUGCUUAACAAACCACAAAUUGUAGGUGAUGGAAUGGAUGCCGGCUUCCUUAAUGUCUCGCUCGCAUCGCCUACCUCUCAAGAAGAAAGCCUUCAGGAACAUCUGCUAAAAUAUACUUGUGGACGGCAUGUCGUAGGUUAUCUUUCUGGUGUUUUGUACAUAUGUGUCAUUAGGUGUGUCACUUUAUAUAUCACUUGCUUCUUAAGAACGGUGAUUGACCAAAGUAGAUCUACAGCUACAUUUCUCCAAUUCUCUCUAAAAAAAAAAAAAAAAAAACAGCUGUGGAUAUUUACUGGAACAAACAAACAAACAAAAAACGGAGCUUGUUGCUGAUUUUCAGUGCAACAUCUUAACUUUCAUCAUUUUUUUAUUUUCCUGACGAACCGACCUUGAGCGACAGAUCUUCAUUCUAGAACAAGCGUGAUAUUUCAAAAGGUGUUUGUUUACAAGUUAGAACAACCUAUUGAAACGUAAGGUACAGAUAUGCAUUUCUGCCUAAACUCUCAAAACUUAAAGGGCAUUGACAUUUCCGAUUUGAAAUAAAAGCAGACGAAUAGAUAUCUUAGGUAAUUGACAUUCCCUUUAGUUGGAACAAAGUGUAUUUCUAUAGAAAGGUUAUUAUACUGUGUAAACAUUGUGAUGAAAAGUUAUUAAAAAAAACAGAAAAUGCAAGAAAAAAAUAAUUUGUUACCAUGACAGCAGAUUAUCUUAAGACAAGUAAUAUACUUUCCUGUUGAACAAAAGACCUUCUGCAGAUGUUGUGUUUCUCCAUGUAAUGAUCUUACAAAUACUACAUGGUGCUACCAGUUACUUGGAGAAGUAAAUUUGUGGAAAACAUAAUAGUGUAACAUCUCUACCGCUUCCCAGUAAGAAUACUAGUUUCCAAAAAGUCAAUUGAACCAUUUGUUCUUUAGAUGUGUUAUUGUGCACUCGCCAUAAACUUUUAUAAACUUAACCAAUGCUAUAAUUAUGUUUGGUCAUCUAAAUAUAAUUUUGAAAAUAUUCAUAUUUGAUACCAAGGAGUUUAUUCCACACAGAUAGGUUCUAAGAAGCUCAACAAAAAAGUACCGCAGCUUAGGUCGGUUUUGAUGUAAGAAAUAAGAACCAACGCUCCUAUACUUUACAGACAUCAUAAAUUUAGAAAAUAAGAGAGAUAAGGAAUGGACCCAGAGCAUUAAAUAUUAUUAGGUAUUCCACAUUCUUGUCCUCAUUGAAAUAAAAGCAAAAACAAGAGCAAUAACAACAAAUAAAAUUUGGUAAACUAGAAGACCUUUUUGAUCCUAACUGUAUUGAUUAUGUACUAAGAAAAACAAAAAUCAAUACGUAGUGUACGCAAAUGGCAGUAAGCGUUAUAUAAAGUGUCCCCGGCAGUAUCAUUUUUCUCAGUGACAAGGACAUUGUUCUGAGAUUUGGAGGUUUCCAGUUACCAAAGGCUUAUUAAAAGACUGCAUCCUCACAGUUGGUAAAAAGAAUAAAACAAAUAACAUCUCAAAUACCAACCUUCACUAAGGUUUCAUUGAGUUACUAUGUGCAAAAUAAAUGUAAAAAUAAUUAAAAAAAAUAAAUAUAUAAAUAAAUAAAAGAAGAAAAUAUCUACAAAGGCAAUAAAGGAGACAUAUGGCCAAAUAAUAAAUUAGGCUUUAGUUUUGUUCUUAAUAUUCAAUUUUUUUAUCGAAAAUGUCAUAUUUGGAACAUUUAAAUUAGGGCUAAAAACAAAACAAAACAAAAAAAAAAACGCUAUAUUGUGACUUUUCCAAGUAAAUGAAAAUGUGCUUGAUAACAUCCGUCUGUCUUUCAAAUCGUUUUAGAAAAUCGAGAAGCAAAUUCUAAAUAUUCAAAAAUUUGUCAUUUACAAUAUGUAAAGUCACCUAACUUAUCAUUCUCCUUCAAUUGCAAUGCCGCACUGAAGAAAAAAAAAAAAUCUGAGAAAUAAUUUAUUGUUUGUACAACUGGUAUGUGAAAAUACAUAUGUAAUGAUUUUAUUUAUUUUUUUAUUUAAAAGCAAAAAAUCAAAAAACUAUUCUGUAUUUAACAUGUUUUAUUCGCGUCAUUUUCUCUUCUUUUUUUUUUUUCUUUACCCCUAUUUAUGCUUCCUGUGUGUUAAUAGUACACUUUGUGAGUUUACAUAAUGUGCGGCGCUGGUUGCUUUUCUAUGUUUUACAAAAAAAGCAUUAAAUAUAAGAUAAAUGUACAUAUACAUAUGCUGUAAAUAAUAUAUAUAUAUACUGUAUAUUCUCUUUAUAGGACUAUAUUCUGACACCAGCUUGUUUUGACUUUCAAAGAAAAGUAAAAACUGGCUUCUUUUUUUUAUUUUUAUGACAGGCAAUGGUCUACGCACACUGCUGAACAUAAUGUUCUUAUGUAGUCUUAUUAAAUUCAGGUCAACCUAAGUUCACUUGGUAUAAACUACACUUAGGGAAAAAAUAUCAGAUUGUACUGUUCAUUUGUUCAAUAUAAACGUAAAUCUUUUUAUAAUUUUUUUGUUUGUUAUUUUUUUAUUUUUUUUUCCAAUGAUGAUUUUCAAGAUAAAUAUGACGCAAAAUCUACUGUAUUACUGUACAAGAAAAUACAGUUUCCUUAUUCAGGGUUAGUUGUUAGCAUAUUAAUAGAAAAGCAUUAGAUAAUGUUCAGAUGUGUCCUUUCUUACCUCUCCUUUAGGGUCAACAUAUCCCGAGAUGAGUGGCAUGUGAUAACCAUGUUACUCUCUCACACGUUGUAUAUACUAUGUGAGUCUAUACAAGGCUGGCUAGUUGUUGUCAAGUGAAUUACAAACUUUUUAGGGUUUUGCAAGCAUGUCUGAUAAUUAACUAGAGUUAAAUUGUGAGAAAUUUGAGUCCUGGUGGAGAGAGAAGGGUGGACACUUCUGUACUGACCAUGGCACAACCCAGUGCCGGCACACAACUAUGACUGCAGUUUCACUAUUGCACUUCUGCUGAGGACCAAGCUGGGAAGAACUGUGGAUCUUCUGUUCAGCUUUGAAUAGCUAGAUUUUAAGAAUUUCUAAAGAUUUUGAGAGUCUGUCACCAGGAGGGUCCUUAAAUAGGCACUGCCACAAUGAGCCGUGACAGGAUGUUUAAAUGUCCUGCACAAUAAAGUAGCGCAAGACUUACCCCGAGACUGACAAGAGUCAGAAUGUUGGGAGUCCCAUAGACUUGCAUGAGGCUUCCUACAUUUCAACUUCUGAUUGCAUCAGUCUCGGGUCAAGUAUUGGAUUACGAGAUUGUGUAGGACGAUUAAACAUCUCCUGCCGUGGCUCAUCAUGAUAAGUUCCCUCUAAGGCUUGAAUGUGUUUUCCCAUCAUGGAAAGUUAUCUUCUAUUCACAGGUUGGAGAACAGGGACCAGCGUCCCCUGUUAGAAUGGAGCACAGGGUCGCACAUGCAUGCCGCUACUGCAUUCAUUCUUUAUAGAAGCUGCCAGAGAUAGCCAAGUAUAGCAGUCGGCUGUUUUUGCUGCUCCCUUAGAGAAUGAAUAAAAUGGCGGCACGCAUGCAAUGGACAGAUAACUUCUCAAAAUUGGAAAAGCCCUUUAAGGGCAUCUAACACAACUCAGACCCACAGGAUUUCGUAGAUGAAAUGACACCCAUACACUUUCCCAAUUGGGACCUGUCCUAUCUUUCCCGUAAAAAUUCUCUAUUUUCAAUGAAGGAGGUAAUGGUUCUCCUUGAGCACCAAACUUGCGUGUGGAGUCUAGAAGGCCAUAAAAUGCUCUUUUGUAGGGUGAAAAAAUAUGCAAAAUUGCUCUCCUCCAGACUCAAGGAGGCUUGAUCCAUGGUGCUAAAUAUUGAAGGUAGCAUUCCUGCAAGCAGGGACAUAAAUUGUAGCUUAAGGGCCCCAAAGCAAAAUCUGCAACAGGGCCCAUGUACCAUUUCUAAUAUUGGUCUCUUAUGGGGCUGAUGUGCCUUGGGGCCCCCUUAGGCACAAGGUCCUUGAUUUGCCUUCUAGCUCUGCCUGUAAGUCAAUGCUUGAACCCUUUAAGUGUCUUGAAACAAGACUAGGAAUUUGCUAAAGUUGUCCCCAAUAGAUGGCACCAGAGAGCAAGCUAACCUUUGGGAUGACUAGUGUGGCCACAUUUUUGCAUUACUUACCUUACUACAAUUCUAGAACAAAAGGGAAAUGUUAAACUAAAUAUAUAUUAUGAAUACUAGAGAUCAAUCAUAGAUUCACGGCUCACAUUGUAGUCAAUCAUGCUACGGUUGCCAACAUUUCUGCCUGUCAUAUGAGCUAAAGUGGACUAUGGAGAUUUCUAAAGUGGUCUAAAGAUGGUCUAUUCUUACAAUAGGUCAUUGGUAUUCAAUAUGUGGGGUUCCAACAACCUGAAGCUGCCCACAUUGACCAUUGAAUAGAAUGGGCCACUGUAUUUAGUCGAGCACUACAGACCCUUCAGGUAGCAGGUUCCUGCUCAGCCACAGUACAUCAAUAUUUUGGUCCCAAAUACUCUUCUGGCUUGGGUAUAUUUUUGGGUAUGUUUAUAGUCAAGGAGAAUUUUAUUGCUGGGGAUUCAAACUAAGGUAUGGACAUUCCAUAUCUCAGCCAUUGACUCCAAAUAGUGUAAGUUCCUUUAAAAUAUAAUAUAUUUUUUUCCAUACCUCACUUUUUUACACCGAAUAAAAAAAAAAAAAUGUGUGUACCAUUUGCAACCACCAAUUCUUUAUUGAAUACAGUCAAUAAUUUCAACAAAUAAUAAUAAAACAAAAUAGUCAGCGUUAUUACAAAAUAAAAAGGAAUAACUUAUAUUUUUAUUAUAAAUAUAGAUGUUUUUUCUUCCCAUUAAACCUUAAAAAAUAAAAAUUAUAUUUGUAGAUAAAGAAAUGGAUUAAGUAAAAUAUACUUUUUCUAUUUGUAAAGUUCGACGAUAAAAGACAUAGUAAGAAGAAUACUCUUAUAUUGCAAGUCAACUAUCAAUUUAUAAUAGAAAGUAUUACUAUAUUUUAUUAAAAUAUCAUAUAUUACCUGUCAUUUUUUUUCUUUUUGCACACGUAUUUGCCAUAGUCACAAUUUUUUUGGUUUUUUUCUGUACAUGUGUACCCAUAAUAUAAGCAAGCUGUUUUGCUGUCUGCCUAUACAUAUAUACGUAUAUGUUACUUGUGUAUGUUAGGUAUGUUGCAUUCAUGUCUUUGCUAGUUGUCUGUUGCCUUAUGCCAUAGAGCAGGGGUAUGGAAACUGUGGACCUCCAGCUGUUGCAAAACUACAACUCCCACCAUGCCCGGACAGCCAACGGCUGUCCGGGCAUGCUGGUACUUGCCGUUUUGCAACAGCUGGAGGUCCAUGGUUUGGAGACCACUGCCAUAGAGUCUACUGUAUUAAAAAUACACAAUGCUGGGUGGUUACUAUGUUUUUCAGAAUGUAUUCUAGGCAGACGUAUCGGCCUUGGUUAGUAGUAUUUUUGACGAUGGCCAAACCAAAUCUUGCAUAUGUCUGAUAAAUGUGAACAUGCAAAUUUGAGCCUAAUGAAAACUGAAUCUAUUGUAAGCAUUUUUGUUUGACAAAAUAUAUACAGUAUGUACAAUAUGUUGAACCUUGGUCUGAGUAAAAAAAAAAAAAAAAAAGUGUCCUUUUUGCCUAUAGAAAGCAU